GUAGUAUGUCCCUCGUCACUUCCCGUCGUUGUUUAGCUGAAGAUAAGACUAGCGGACGUGCAAGUUGACAGGAUAAGAUAGUAGAAGACGGAGACGAACCACAAUGUCCAGCAGUGUGCUGUGUGGUCGGGGCAGGUUGGUCCUCUCUCAGGCAUCUGGACAUCAACAUUUAGCUGCUCUGCGUGUGGGUAGAACCAGAACUUUCUCUGCUGCAAGCUCAGAUGAGCCUUACAUAGCUGUUUCACCUGCAGACUCAGGUCCAAGGACAGUAUGGCCUGAUGAGAGCAUGGGACCAUUCGGACCUCAGGACCAGCGCUUUCAGUUACCGGGCAACGUCGGCUUUGACUGCCACUUGGACGGUGUUUCGGACCAAAAGAAGACCCCAGUCCACAGGACGGUACCUGAUGUACUCACGGCUCCAAGCAGUGCAGAGAGACAGCAGUUCAUACUCGCCCAGUUUGUUCAUGAGUUCCAGGGAAAACUUGGACCUAUAUCCACAAGAGUCCAUAAAGCGGAGCAGUAUUUUAAUCAGACGGGCACAGACUGCUCCAUAAACUCCUGUCCUGAACUAUUAAAGAAAGAUCUGGAGCUGCUCUUCCCCUCGGCGCCCACCACUUCAAUCACAGUCGUGACGGUGACACAGAGGAGCGGUCGGUGUGAGGAGGUGGAGGAGCAGGACAGAGAAAAGCUGCUAAGCAAAUUUGUGAGCGGUGCAAAGGAGAUGUGCUUCGCUCUGUGGACGGCAGGUUACUGGGCGGACUUCAUCGACCCGACAACAGGAGAAGCAUUCUUCGCGUCUCCGUCAACUCAAACCCCGCUGCAAACAGAAGAGGAGCUGCGACAUUUGGGUUUCCACAUCCAAGCGUCAGGCUCCUGCACGGUCAUCCGCCACAUCCUGAGAGGAACACCUUUGUUUGUGGGGACCGUCUUCACCAACGCACCCACUCACAGCGCUGCUAUUGCGAGACUGCAAGGACUUUCUAAUGGCAAAGAUGAUGAGGAAUAGUUUAUUUUUAUAUAUUCCACUGAACCUUAUCCAAACCUAAGGCCUCUAUUUAUAGUUUGAAAAUGCUUGGAACUCGAGAUGUGGUUGUUGCUACAUGAUUGUGUCUGUGAAAGGUUGUGCAACGUUUGUCUUACUGUAACAAGGACUUGACAAAUGUAGACCUCGAUUCUGUGCCUGACUGACAGGAGGUCACAUGACAAACCAGGCUGGUCGUGCUCUGUAUCCAGGGAGGAACUCAAUCAGUAGACAUAGAAAAUCGUGAGAGAACGACAGGAUAUGUGUUUUAUAUUUCAGAACACUAGGGAUGAAAUGGAAACCUCAGGCAGCUCUAGGAAGCUACUGUGAAAAGGUCCUGGACUCAUCGCCAGCAUAUGAUCCUACCUGGAUCAUAUCAGGCCACAUGCAAAUACUCACAGUAUUGUUUUUUCUUUUGUUGCACAGACGCUAAAGAAAACUGGAUACUCUUUCAGUUGUGACAUUCAGAACUGCUGAACAAAUAAAGUGAUUUCUCCACA